AUGAAGAAGACCACUGGGAACGCUGGCGCGCAGCCUCAGCCUGCCAGUAUUGAUAACAUGCACGGUGCCACCUUCAUCAUGGAGUCGUCGGCCGACAACAAACCGCUUGCCAUUAGCGCCGGUACUUUCAAUACUUCCAACGAGAAGCCCGAGCCAGAGAUCGAAUCGUUCCAAGAGCUAGAAGCAGGGCAGAAGCUUCAUCUCCCGCUUAUUCUUACCUUGGCUGGAGCAGCCUUUCUCAAUGCAAGUCAGGUGCUAGUUAUCAUCCUUCCCAGUAUCGGCCGAGACCUAGGUAUACCUGCUGAGCGCCAACAGUGGAUUAUCUCGGCCUAUUACCUUUCCUUUGGCUGCUUUCUGCUCCUUUUUGGUAGAUUUGCAGACAUCUUUGGACGUCGCUCCGUCUUCCUCAUCGGGUCCGCUUGGCUCACCAUCGUUACCAUCCUGGUUCCGUUCGCACCGAACGAAAUUGUCAUGGACCUAUUCCGAGGCCUACAAGGUCUGGGUGCAGCUGCCAACGUUCCGACUGCGAUCGGGAUCCUCGGUGCUACUUUCCAGCCCGGUAAGUAUAAGAACUACGCAUUUGCUAUCUACUCGGCCGGGUCUUCCUGCGGAUCGGUGCUAGGCAAUAUAUUUAGCGGUGUGAUCGCGCAGUACGUCAGCUGGAAAUGGAUAUUCUGGGUAUCCGCCAUCCUCUGUGGAAUUGUCACCGUGGCCGGUCAAAUAUUGAUCCCACACUCAAAGGUUGAGGCUUCCUCUUUCUCCGACCUUCUGGUCAAUGUUGAUUGGGUAGGCGGCACAUUGGUGACUGGAGCCAUAAUACUCCUUAACCUUGCUCUAACAGAAGGCAACGUUGUCGGAUGGACGAAGUCCUGGGUUCUGUUAUCGCUCCUGCUUUCCUUCGUUUUGUUACUCUUGUUCGCCUUGUGGAUAUGGUACCUUGAGAGGAAAACGGAGAGGCCGCCUCUCUUGAGGAUUUCUAUCUUCCGCAACAGCCGUUUCAAUGCCGCACAGGUCAUCAUGGCCACACUGUUUGCGGCUUUCAAUAACUACCUCGUCUACGCGACGUACUUCUACCAAGACUAUAUGGGACUCGGACCACUAGACACAGCUAUUCGGUUCAUACCGACAGGAAUCAUGGGCUUUGUGGGGAAUAUCAUUGCCGCCAAACUCCUCUCCCGUGUCCCGGGUUACUACCUCCUAGUUUUCAGCUGCAGCUGCGUGGGCAUUUCAUGCCUCCUUAUGGCCGUUCCCAUACCACCGUCGACUACCUACUGGGCUUACAGCUUCCCAGCCAUGUUGUUGUCUACAUUAGGAGCCGACAUUGUCCAUCCGACACUCAAUCUUUUCACAUUGCAGUGCUUACCUCUAGAAGAUCAGGCCCUCGGCGCGGCGCUGAUUACUGCUGUGUUGCAGGUGGGCAGGGCCGUUGGAAUCACGAUUGCAACCGUGGUGCAAAUAUCGGUAGAAAGGAGGGCCAUAAGCCACAGGGGAGUUGAGGGUGAUUUAUCUGCCUUACUCCAGGGACUUCACGCCAGCCAAUGGUUCAAUUUCUCGCUUGCCGUUGCCGCAUUCACUGUAGCUCUGCUGUUCUUCAGGGGCAAGGAAAAGGUAGGCGCGAUUUGA